CAGAUUUUUGAAUGAUGCUACGAGCGAACUUAAGACAAACAAAGACACUUCACGAAGCAGAAAACUAGACAACUUUCCAGAAACCUCUGAUGGAGGUUCCCUGACGAAGAAUCCUCAAACGAAGGUUCCCCGAAUGAAGCUUCCCUGA